AUGGCUUCCUCUGGUCAAGCUUCUACAGGCAUCACCAUUGAUGAAUCGCAUCCUUUCUUUCUCCAUCAUGUUGAGAAUCCUGGUGUGAUAUUAGUUUCAGAACCAUUGACUGGGGGUGAGAACUAUCCUACAUGGGCACGAUCUAUGGAGAGAGCUUUCAGGAUCAAGAGCAAAUUCUGGUUGAUUGAUGGAUUAGUUUCUCUUACUUCAGCUAUGGAGAAAGUUCCUAUCUUGGUUCAAAGCUGGGCACGAUGCAAUGAUAUUGUGGUUUCCUGGAUCAUCAAUUGUGUUUCUCCCAGGAUUGCCACAAGCAUGGUGUAUCGUAAAACUGCUAAGGAAGUUUGGAAUAAGCUUCAGAGCAUGUUUUCCCAGGGUAAUGGACCUAGGGUCUAUCAAUUGCAGAAGGAUUUAGCAAGUUUUUCUCAAGGUGAGCUCUCUAUGAUUGAGUAUUUCACCAAUCUUUCAAUUCUGUGGGAUGAAUUACAGAAUUAUGAACCACUUCCUAUCUUUUCUUGUGAGAAGUGUGUGUGUAAUGUGAAUGAGAAGAUCUCUAAAAUUCAUCACAAAGAAGUUGUUAUGCAGUUUUUGAUGGGUCUCAAUGAUUCUUUCUCUCACGUUCGAGGACAGAUUUUGUUGAUGGAUCCUAUUCCAUCUGUUGAGAAAGUGUUCUCUUUAUUGAUUCUAGAUGAGAAGCAAAGAUCAGUUGGGCAAGGCAGCAACAAUGGUCCUUUUGUGGAGUCUACUGCUCUUGCAGCUAAGGGUACUAGCAUUGGUUCCAAGAACACCAAGAGUAAAGGCAAGGAAAGGCCUAUCUGUAGUCACUAUGGUUUGCAAGGUCACACUGUGGAGAAGUGUUACAAACUCCAUGAAUAUCCUCUUGGUUACAAAGCCAAAGGCAAAGCUUCUUUGGUUAAUCAAUUCUCUGCUCACUUUGAUUCUCAAGAUUCACUUCUUCAUGCACAACCACAGACUCAAUUUCCUUUCACUUCAAAUCAAUAUCAAAAGAUUCUUGCUAUGAUUGGGGCUUUACCUCAAGAAUCUCAGAAUUCAGUUGCUAUGGUUAACAAUGUUUCUUUUGAUUCUCAAGCCACUACACCUUUGUCAGGUAUUGACAUUUUGCCUCAUGAUGUGUUUGAUUCCAAGCAUUCAAUUUUUUCUGCUAAGGUCAUAAAUAGGACAGCUUUUGAGAGUCAUGUUUGGGUCAUUGACACUGGUGCUUCAGACCAUAUAGUUUGUUCAGUUUCAAUGUUGGCCUCAAUCACUUCUAUCUCUCAUUGUGUUGUUAAAUUUCCAAAUGGUGAGUCUGCUACUGUCACACAUGUUGGUACAAUACAACUUUCUGCUCAAUUUACUCUUCACAAUGUUCUUUGUGUUCCUAGUUUUACUUUUAACCUUCUGAUGAUUAGAGUGGGUGAGAUGCAUCAUGGUCUGUAUUUGUUGCAGAGAAAGCUGAGUUCUUCUUCAUCCAAGCACCCUUCAUUGUCUUAG